CUACUGAUCAUCUCAUCCUAUAAGUACCAUGCAUAUACACAGCCAAUUCCACAGCACCAGCAUCACACAGCAAUAUAAUCAACACUCACAGCCAUCCCACUACUGCACCGGAGGACGAGGAGGAGCAACGACUCACCAAGCAAGAGCCAUGACGACGAAGGCGAUCUCGGCCCUGGCCGUCGUCCUGCUCGCGGCGGUGGUGUUCCACCAGCAGCUGGCCGCGCCGGCGCGCGCCGCCGCCAUCACCUGCCCUGCCGUGCUCCAGGACAUGACGCCGUGCCUGCCCUUCCUUCAGGGCGGCGCCAGCAGCCCCUCCGCCGACUGCUGCGCCGGCGUGAGGUCCCUCUACGCGUCCACCGACACCACCGCCGAGAGGCGCGCCACCUGCGAGUGCCUCAAGACGGCGUACCUCCAGGUCCAGGCCAAGCUCUCCGCCGCGCAGGCGCUGCCCGGCGACUGCGGCCUCUCGCUGCCCUACAUCAUCACCCCCGACAUCGACUGCAACACGAUUGAAUGAAGCAGGGAUAGAUGCAGCUGUGCCCUAACCCAAAUCCAUAUACGACGACCGAUGGUGAUGAUCAUGUCAGUGCUCUGAUAUGCUAUGGAAGCAAGCACUGCGUUAUUAGAAUUAGAAUAAAGGAUUUGGUGCCAAUUAAUACUCUCGCUUGUAAUCGUGUGUGAGCCAUCAGCAGUGGCUUCUCUGGGUGCUAGUUAAUCUCCAGUGUACUCGUGUGUGCAACUUUAAUAUAUAUACUGUGCUCAAGCUAAUUAUAAACUUGUGCAUGCCAUA